AUGAAACUGGAAACAUGUCGCCCAAUUAUUAGUACAUUUCAAAUAUGUAGUGGUCAUGGAGAACUAAGAAGACUAGAUGCGACAACUAAAAACGAUAGUGCGAAGGUUGCUGACCGGUCGGAGGAAACAACCAAGUUACCACUCACAAAACGAUCAAAAAAACCUGAUGUAGUACUUCCAAAUGAGGCACUGCCGUUAGGAGGGCUUCCAUUCGGAGGGCCUAAUGAACUCCCUUCGAAAGGGCUAGAAGACAAACCAUUUGGAGGAUUUGGUGGACCCGCUCCAGGAGCUCCAGGUAGGAAUUCUUACGGAAAAGCUAGAGAAGGUGGAGAAAGUACAUUUGCAGGAUCUGGAGGAGCCUCUUUUGGGACAAAUGGAGGAAACUCGUUUGGAGGAUUCGGAGGUUCAGCAGGACGAGCAGGGAAUACGUUUGGAGGACCAUCAUUCGGAGGUCAAGAAGAAAAUUCCUUCGGAGGACCUGGAGGAAACUCUCCAAGAGGAAAUGGAAUAGGUCCGUUCGGAGGGUUCGGAGGACAAGGAGGUUCGGGAGGGAUAAGAGAGAAUCCGUUUGGAGGACCAUCAUUCGGAGGUCAAGGAGAAAAUUCCUUUGGUGGACCUGGAGGAGUCUCUUCCGGUGGAAAUGGAGCAAAUACUUUCGGAGGAUCCGGUGGUUUUGGAGGGCAAAAGGGGAAUCCUUUUGGAGGACCAUCUUUCGGAGGACAAGGAGGAAGCGCUUUUGGCGGACCCGGAGGAACUUAUCCCAGAGAAAAUGUAGGGAAUUCGUUCGGAGGAUUCGGUGGAGGUUCCGGGGAGCAAAUAAGAAAACCGUUCGGAGGACCAUCUUUCGGAGGUCAAGGACGAAACCCAUUUGGAGAGCCUGUAGGUCCUUAUCCUGGUGGACAACAAAUUAAUUCAUUCGAAGCACCUGGAGGACCCUCUCCCACAGAAAAUAGAGGGAAACCGACAGGAAAUCUCGAAAGAUACCCUUAUGGAUGGUCCCGAAGAGAGUCAUCAGGAAAUGGAAAUGUUAGAAACUCAGCUGGUGGUCUUGUAGGAUACCCUUACGGAGCAUUUGGAGGAACCUCUUCAAAUGGAAAUGGAGUGAAUGCUGGAGUUGGGAGCUCUGGUGGUUAUCCUUAUGGUUACAAGGGAAACACGAACAAUGGAGCAGGAGGAUAUCAGCGUUUUGAACUCAGAGGAGCUUCUUUUGUGGAACAAGGUAUAUGGUAG